AGCCCUACGAGGACCCAUUAAAGCACUACAAUGUAUGCAUCGCAAUUUAUGUUGCGCUCUUAUGAUAUGUAAAACGAGAACUUCCUUGUGUCAAUCCUCAUGCGCUUCAAACGGAUGACAUAGAAUUUGAAUUGAGCUGAGUCUGUUUCUCAGCUGCAGUAGCAUCUGUUUACGAUUUUUGUAUACGCAUAAUUUUUUUAGUACACCGGCAAAUUCAUAUCCUCGCUAAAUAAUGAAAAUCACUCUUCUAGUCAGUGUAAGACUAGAGUCGGAUUUUGUUACGCCGAGUAGGCCGCUGUACUGAACUUCUGUCUUGUAAGACUUUUUGAAAUAAGAAAGCUGACCUUUAGUACGUAAAAAGAAACGACCAUGUCGCGGCUCACUCCCAUCAACCUGCUGGAGGCAAAGCGUGCCUUUUUCAAGUCUAACUGCAAGGAGGAACCGAAAUUCGAAUACAAUUGCAGCCUGGCGAAAAUGAAGAACAACAUUUCCAAGUACGGUUCCGUUUCCUACGAACUGUUCGACUUGGCGAAGGCAAUCCUCGAGGAGGUCAGGGAAAGGUACGACAACGUGGAGGAACUGCCGUCGAAUUUGAAAUCCGGGUACUCGCAGGGGCAAUAUGACAAUGCACAACUGCCCCUUCCCCUCAUUUGUCAUGCAAAAUACCAAAUCCGCCCUUUUCUCUUGUUUGCCACUUCUUGCAUGACAGGUUUAUUCGGGAGCCGAAAUAACAGCACUAGAAUCGGUCGCGAAUUUGUCAUGCAAAAGCUGCAUUUAUGCCAGCACUUGUAUUGCUUGGUAUGCCCUUCAAAGGAGGGGGAGGGGGAGUUGUGCACUCUCAUAGGCAAAGCUGGAUGAACAUGAACAUUGACGACCACGACGAUGUCGAUGAUGAGGAUGAACUUCCGCCGGGUAGUAUCAACCGCAAAUGUAAUCCUUGGAUGUCUGGAAACUUGUAUAUGCAAGUCUGUGAAUAAUGAACUCACUGCGAUAGGUGACCAAGCAUGACAAGUUUUUGAGCUCCUGCGUGCUGCGUAUUCCGCAUGGCAGGCUCCAUUUGUGCAUGACAGGCAAGAGGAUUAUUUCUCCCCUAGGCAUCACAGAUUUAACAGUCAUGGCAGACCAGCAUGACAACUUUUUUUUUCAGAACCAGACAUAUUUGCAAUGCAUAGGUAGCAUUACGGCCGACGGCAGAGUAGUGGAGAAGCGAAACGAGGACUACAAAGACCCUUUUAAAUAUCCAAGAAAAAAACGUUGUUAGUGUAAAUUUGUGAUGCGGAACAUGCAAGAUGAUUGCGUCUGUCAUGCUUGGCAUGCAUUGUAGGGCCCACUAAAGGGCGUUUUCACGUACUAUCUGCGCAUGACAGGUUUUUGCUGUCAUGCCAGACAGAUUUGUAAUGCUGUUCCUCCAAAAAAGUUAGAGGCUGCACGAUUAAUCGACCCCCUUUUCGAUACCGAAAAGGGGGGUAGGAGCGCGAUUCUGGACGAGCUUACCCCCCCACGCCCCCCUUUUCGAAAUCCGGGGACUGCUUGUUGCGAAAUCUAUCGCGAAUUUGAAUCACGGCGGAGCGGCGUGUUUCACGCCUUUCGAAAAACACAGCAACAGGCGGCGCCCAUCUUCGACUGCAGGGCGCACCACUAUAGUGGCAAGCGCGCAAAGUACAACACGGUGCCGAUGCUAUGGCCGAGAUUUUUAGUUUUUUCUUUUUUUAGAGCAGCAGCAGGCCCCGGUGUUAUUCCGCUCGCCACAAGGCAAGCAAAGCGACCCGCUUUCUGGUUCUCAAAAUAAAGGCGGCUACCGCGGCUGCUCUCCCAAGCCAGAGGGCUCGGCUGUCUUUCAGAAAGCAGCAGCGCAGCUGCCUCGGAGUAAAUCAUCUGCAGCGCAACUGCCGCCUAGUUUAGGACGUUGUAGGCCGUGGAUCUACUGCGCAGACACAGAGCUGCUUCGCAGUAGCUUCGGCGCAGUUCGUUGUAGAUGAUCCACUAAAAAGUAGCUCUCCUGCUCAAAAACAGAGACGCUGUCACUGCGCAACAGCUACAGCACAUCAUUGCGGCGCUUCUUUUACUGCGAAGCAGCUCUAUGCAUUGCACAAAAAAAACUACCGCGCAGUAGAUCACGAGGAGGCAGCAAUUUGCAGCGCAGGACCGCACACCCGCCCUCGGGCUGUUGAAGCGGCCAUCUCAGUUCUUCCAAUUAAUUUGUGGAAAAGUUGAGGUGGCCACUUCAACCACGGGGGCGCGCCGAUAUCUUUGCAAGCCCGGAACAUAGUUCUGCACUAAAAAUGUUUUUUUUGCCGCGGGGGAGCGCCUUCUUCUUUUCAAAGUACUUCAUUCAACACGAAGCCCGAUCUGCCCUGCUGUGUGGGCCCUCUUUUUUCUAGAGUUGUUUUUUUCAUACUGCUGCCUAAGGCUCUAAGGCCCUAGUAAAUUACUCCAAGGCUCUUUCUUUGUGCUGCGGCUGCUUCUUUCUUUAUCAUUUGCAGUGGGCCUGCUCAAACAGAAGAAGAAGUGCAUCGAACUGCACGUAGCCAGCUCCAGCUGCGUGCAAAUGCUUCGCAGCGUCCUGACAUAGCCACGCACGACGCAUGCUCUUCGCCGCGCGCGCGCGGCGCGCGCUGCAUUUUUCUUUUUUCCAGUUUGCGCGCGCACGUCGUGCGCCCGAAGCUUCUUGCGUUGUUGCAAACAUAAGUCAAUCCACGCACGCGCUGCGUGCGCCCCACGAAACUUAUGCUGUUCUGUUUCGUUCUGUUCUACUUUCAGCCACGUCGCUGCAGGAACCGCAGCAGCAGAGAUAACCGCUGAGCAGCCGCAGAAAACAAAAGAGAACUUAUUUUGCCGGGUUGGGGGAGUUACGCAUUCGCGUUUUUGAUUUUUGAAUUCAAAAAAUCGGUCGGGUCCGGAGGGACACGACCAUUUUUGAAUGCGGCCAGAUGACCGACCGCACCUACCCCCCCCUUUUCGGUACCGAAAAGGGGGCCCAUUAAUCGUACGGCCUCUUACACCUACAAUGUUUUUUUCUUUGAUAUUAAACUCCUCCACCCCAACGGGGGAAGCAGUUACUAUCCUGUGCAAAAGCAUCGACAUCGUGCUAGUAUAAAUCGCAUGACAAAUUCCUCAGCGUGAGAAAUGCAAUUUGUAGUGCAGAUUUGCCUUAAGGAAGAGAUUUGUAAUGCAUGACUGCAACCCCAACCACUACGAGUAACGAGUGGGUGCGAUAAUUUUGCAAUGCAUAGUUAUGGGCAAGUGACGAAGUCGAUGGAGUAUUUGGAUUCCCCGCGCACGCUGCGGUGCUUGGCCCGCGCGGCAGAGGCCAUCGAACGCGAGGCGAUAUCCUUGAGAAAAGUACACCCAUAUAUUAUACCAGAAAAUAAAGGAAUUUCAACUUGUGUUGCUGCAUUCAUCCUGUCAUAUGAAAACUCUGUAACGUAGAGACCAAGAAGACGCAAUUUUUUGUCAUGCACAAUGCAGUUUGAGUUUGUUUUUGUAACGCUAGCCACAGACUGAGAGGCACUGGCACCAAAAAAGCUUGUCAUGCUGAACAACUGCCAGAUGAAAAAGACAUCACCAAAAACGACAACCGCAGGAGCACAAUCAAAGUUAUUGCUUUCUGGGACUAAUGGUGAGCUUUUCUGUAGGAUAGGCGAAGGAGAAAAAGGACCGGGAGCAGGUGACUGUGUUGCAGGAGCUUCAGCGGCUGAAGGAUAUGGGAGUGUCAGGAUUGAAAUCGACAAAGUUGAAAUAAUCUGUGAUGCGUAAAAUGCAAGGCACGAGGUGACUGUCUUGCAGGGAUUGCAAGCGAGGCCAAUUGUGAGCCUGUUUCGGGUUUGGGAUAGAGCUGCUAAAGUAGCAUGACAAAAGACGACUUCUUUCGCUAAACAGCAUGACAAACUGGAUUUAUACGGUGCCUAAAUUUGUCAUGCACCGCUUAGAAAUUGGGCUUCCAACUGGUAUCGAUUUUAUGCAUCACAAAUUUUUCAACUUUGUCAAUUUCAAUCCUGACAGUUCCAUAAAGGAGUACGGCCUUUUGGAAGGGGUGCACAAACAAGGCUCUCCUUCUAUCGGUGAGUCGAUAAGGUUAAUAGGCGGGGAGAUCGUGAUUUCUUCGAAGUCAAAUUCCGAAGCGGGGGGAACGGGUAGUACGGGAAAGGGAGAGCAUCAGGAAACUGGAGGAACACGACCGGGCGCCUUGCAAGUGGUCGGCAUACAAAGCACGAAAGAACAAGUCGUAAGCAGAGUAGAUGCAUCAUCAUCUCAGAUCAAACACGAGCUGGCGUCCUCGGCCACCCUCAGUACCAACGUCGACAAGACGCCGUCAAACAACAAACUGACACUCUCCAGUACCAGUGUAACGACCAGCAAGACGGCCACACCGACGGUGUUGCAGAUGGCGAUUACCAGCCCAGAUUUGGACGCACGGGUAUGCAUUGCAAAAGUAUCGUACUCGUAUAAAUGCAUCACAAAUUAUUUCCUCAGCAUGAGAAAUAGAAUUUGUAAUGCUAAUUUUCCUUAAGGACAGGAUCUGUAAUGCAUGAUUACAAUACGAGUACGAUACUUUUGCACAGGAUAGUGGGCGUUUGACGACAACACGAAUUCUGCUUCCAUGAUGAUCCCGGUCAUGAACUCUUCUAAGGUUCCGCCACCACGCGGGCCCGGGUUGCUGACAGGUGGAUCUGGAACAAGUGUGAGCAACAAUAGAACAACUGCUGCCGAUAAUAUGAACGGUGCGACGAACAAGAAAGCUUCUGCACCAACAUCCAACCUCGUGACCACCUCAGACGAGCUCAUCCCUCCUGUCCCGACAAACGCGAACGUCGUAAACUUGACGCUCCAAAACCUCACCCCUGCGAUGAAUGUGGAGCCAGAUAGUGCAGCUAACGGCACAGAACAUCACAGCAGAUCAUCCGCGAUAUUAAAGAGCGGUACAGCAUCAAGUACCAACGCCCUGAGCACCAACACGGCCAUGGUGCAUCCGGGGCUUUUCCCGGGGAACUACCUGAAAUCGAAGCGCCAUCCGCCUUCUGUUGCGCAGAGCAACUCGGAGCUGUCUUUGAGUUCGCUCAAUUCCGGCACAACAUCAGCUUCAUCUUUGGCGGUGGCGACUUCCGUUCUGCAGUCCUCGCAAGCUCCGAGUUCCGCGACCAGCAGCGCAGUCGAUCUCAUGAUCGAGAGCAAUAAUAGCAACACAACCUCCUCCACCGGUGGAAGAAGCAGUUUAAGAGACCGAUUGUUGCAGCAGUCCUCGUCUUCAGGUGGAACGGGCAACAAUAAUGCCUCGGGCAACAACAGCCGUAGGAACAGUUUCAACGCGUUUGGCAAUGCCGUAUCAACUACUGCAUCAGACGGGGUUGGAGGUUCAUCUUCACUUGUCGGAGCAGCUGCUGUAGUGCAACAUCCACCUGCGGGCAGUAGUUCUACUUCCCAGCAAUCGUCCAGCACACUCGUACUACACCGCGGAGACUCGAUCUCCAUCGAGUCAGCGAGUAGUUCUUCAUCGUCUUCGACCAGCGCCGUUGCUGCUUCUCAUCUAUGCAAUACAAAUUUCUCGUACAUGUACAAAAUGCAUGACAAAUUUCGCUAACUUUGAGUGUCAAACUUGUCACGCUGACUAAGAUUGAAGGUCAGUUUUGCCAUGCAGAGACAGCAUUUGUACGUGUACGGGAAAUUUACUGUGGAUAUCACCUCGUCCACCACAACUCUAGCGCUCUGGACCAGCAGAACCAGCCGACAAAUGCGUCGAAAUCCAUGUUAUCAACUGCAAAUAUGUCUGGGUCUGGAAGAGUGUAAACUUGUCAUGCAGGUUUUCCAUGACCCGUGAGGUCUGGAAUGCGAGACCUAGCACAACAGAGUCUGUGAGGUCUCUGUCAUGCCUAUCCUGCAUGAGAAACCCCCUCCCAAGUUCUUCGAAAGUGGACAGCUUUUGGUACUAACGCAACACAGAUUUUUGCAUGGUUCGGAUUUAGCAUGACAAGCUGCAAUCUUCCAGACCCAGACACUUUUGCAAUCCAUACAUGUCCAACGGCAGUGUGAUGAAGGCCACGGGGGGCAGGAAGAGCGUAUGAAUUGCAAAAGUAUCGUACUCGUAUUGCAAUCAUGCAUUAAGUACAAAAUUUUUUUUAAAGGUAAAUCAGCAUUACAAAUUUUAUUUCUCAUGCUGAGGAAAUUUGUAAUGCAUUUUUUAUACGAGUGCGAUACUUGUUUUGCACAGGAUAGAGCGGGCGCUUGUUUGAAAUCGAUCAAAAUGAUCCAAUAUGAAUUGCAAAAGCAUCGUACUACUAGUAAUCGCAUUACAAAUUUGCUCAACAUGACAAACGAAAUUUCUCAUGCUGAUUUACCUUGAAAAAGAGAUUUGUCAUGCAUAAAUGCGAUUACUUACUUCUACGAGUACGAUACUUUUGCACAGGAUAUCCAACCGCGCCGGCGUUAAACAUCCAGGAAUUGUUGCGCAAAACGCAAUCCAGGAAGCAGGUGGUCCAGGUCGUCUCACAGGCGAAUGAGAUAGGCACAGGAAGUUCUAGUACUCCUUUCGUGAAGCCGGACUUGAGCAGUUGGGCGCCGCUGGGUGGGGGAGGUGCUGCUGUAACUUCUGGGGCAGGACAAAGCAGUACAACUAGUACUGGCGGUAGUGGUACUGCUGCAAGUUCUAUCGCCCCAAAAGGAGGCGGAGCAGUGCCAGGAAGAAAUGUUGUUGCCUCGUCAAGCAGGAACGAUGCAGGAGACAACUCCGAAGAGGAAGAUGACGGCUCGUCUUCGCUACAUGACGGUGAGGAAGUGGAGAAUGAACCCCCGGCAUAUCCAGGAAAAAGCACCCAUCCCCAGCAUCCAUUUUUUGCUACACAAACUCUGCAGCUUAUGCAUGAUUUGCAUGACAAGUUGGAUCAUGGGGGUGCGUGGCUGCGUUUCCGUGGAUACGGCAGCCGAGCUUCUUCGUCCAUCCAGAGGAUCAUCGUCCCCUUCGCUUUCCUCUCGUCCCCAUCACCAGAUGAACUUGAACAGCCACAACCUCCCCCAUCAGUUGCACAUUUCCGGCAGUCCAAACUCCGCAACCCCGUUAGUCUCCACUGCGCCCCCAGCGGAGCAGAUCAACCCCCCACAGAUCGUUGACCAGCGGGCGGAAAGUCUGAAGAACCUGAUUCUGCAGGGCGUGGCGAACGAUUUCGGCAUGGGCGCCUUGGGAAAAGAGAAAUCGAUUUCGCCCUCCGUUUCUCCCCCGAUGGAGCAGCGGGAACGGGAAAAGGAGCACAGAAGGGAGACGACGUAUGAAAGGGCGCAACUCCCUUUCCCCCUCAUUUGUCAUGCAAAACCCCAAAUCUACCUUUUGCCCGUUAGCACUGGUUGCAUGACAGAUUCCGAAAGCCAAAGCAGCACUACAAUCCUCUAGGAAUUUGCCAUGCAAAAGCUGCAUCUUUGCCGGCGCUUGUGCUGUUGCUGUUCAUGCAACACAAAUGAGGGAGAGGGGGAGUUGUGCACAGUCAUACCACGGUCCGCAAAGCCAUGAACGCGGGCCGGGACAUUGUACGAAACCUCCCCGGGAGGUCCUUCGGGCUGGCAGAUCUGUACACGGACGAUCGCAACAACGACAGCAGCGGAGGUGGGUACAACAGUUCUUCUGGAGGUGGAGGCGGUGGCACUAAUUCCAAUAACGCGUCGUCCAGCUCUCUGCGAAACAAAAACCCACCGCACAGCUUUCUGAACAUUAGCAAGCAACCCUUGCGGUUGGCGCACGUCCAGCAACGCCCGAGCCACGCACCCUUGCACGCGCCGAUCGCGUGCUCCUCGGUGACGCCCACGGCAAGCUCCAGCAGUUCUUCAUCGAGCGAAGAGGAGCAAGACUGUAAUCCAGAAGACCAUGAUGACCUCCUACUUCACAAAACGUCGGGGUCGCAGCAACAGCAAUGCGAACAGCAGCAAGAACCGUUGUUGAAAAGCGAAAUCAAUAGCGACGGAAUGAUACGACAUGCAAAUGCAAACGCAAACGCACCUGACGUGGCGGCUCCUGCUACACGUUCUGCACCAGGCGCAGCUGCAGCUGCUUCGAAGCCCCCGAAGCCCAGUUCCUCUUCCUUCGCGAAACUCAUCAAGAACCAGGUCGAAAACGUGGACUUGAAAUUCUGCACGACAAAUGCUGCGUGCGAGGAAUUGGAAACCGAUGUAGGUUCCAGCUCCGCCACCGAUUCGGUCACAGGGAACGACGGAACAAUGAAGAAAAAAAGUUCCGCCAAUGCCGGCUCGAAACGCGGCAGUGCUGCGAGUUCAUCCAGUAUGGAAGCGUCAGGUCUGAAAUCGUCAAAGUUGAAAUAAUUUGUAAUGCAUAAAAUGCAUGACCCGAGGUACGUGUGUUGCAGAGCAGGCAAGUGAGGCCGAUUGUAAGCCUGUCUGGGGUUACAGCUCGAGCUGCUAAAGUAGCAUGAGAAAAUCGCUCUCCUUUGCCUAAACAGCAUGACAAACUGGAUUUAGGGACCACCGAAAUUUGUCAUGCGCCACUUGGAAACUGGGUUCCAACUGGCAUCCAUUUUAUGCAUGACAAAUUAUUUCAACUUUGUCGAUUUCAACUCUGACACAUCCAUAUCCAGCAUUACGAACCUAUUGGACCGGAGAACCCCCUCGGCGAGCAGCUCCGCGACUUGUAGUUAUCAAAAUGAAAAAUCCCCCCUCCCCAUAUCAAAAGGAAAUUUCUGAUGCUGGAUUUGAGUACACAAAUCAGGUUUGUAUUGCAGGAAAGCAUUGCAGUCAGAUCCCCAGGCUAGGUAGGGGCGUAUGCGUCUAGUUGUUCAGCAUGGCAAGCGGCUCCCCUUUAGACCCGACAGCAUGACAAAUCGCUUCCAUAGGGGGGCGGAAGCUUCUGCCCUUGUCUUCUUGCAAUACAAAUGUGAUUUGAGACCUCAAAUCAGCAACACAAAUUUUCGGAAGCAUACCUUUUCGAUAUGGGGAGGGGGGAUUUUUGCUUUUGAUAGUAGUGCUGGCCUGCUCACGGGGGACGAGAUGGCACCGGGAGCUGCACAGGUGGUAAAUAAUUCAUCCGGGGUCAAGAAAAAGAAGAAGCUGAAGAAAAAAUCCGGGACGUCUUCUGCGUCUGGAACAACGCAGAGUUCCUCGAAGAAAAAGAAACAAAAGUCAUCCGCUGGAGCAGGAGAUCUGUUCCCAUUUAUGAUGCACCAGCAACCUCCGAAUAGUAGUACCAAAGAUGGGGCAGGAGCUGACCACGCUGGAGCUGCGUCGAAUGCUGAAAAUGGAACAUCAAACACAGCCACGAGGCCGCCGGGGAGUAGCAGCAGUACCGCCUCGACCGCGUCGUCUUCAAAAUUACAGAAAAGACCGGAGUCUUCUUCCUCGAGCAGACGGAGAAGGCAGGAAGUAGUGUCGCUCGGAAGUAGUGGCGGAGUUGUAGCAGUAGAUCCAGACCAAAAAGAAGUGCAAGCCCCGUCCGUUGGCGUCGAGUACAAACCUUUUCACACUCUAAUCCCUUGUGUGAACGAUCCUAACCCGGCUUAUCAAAAGAAAAAAUCCCCCCUCCACGUGUCAAAGCGAAGUUUCUGAUGCUGGAUUUGCGUACACAAAUCCGACUUGUCUUGCAGUAAGGCACUGCGGCCAGAUCCGCAGCCUAGGUAGGAGUGUUUGGGUCUAGUUGUUCAGCAUUGCAAACGGCUACCCUCUACGAUCAACAGCAUGCCAAAUCGUUUCCACAAUUGGGCGGAUGCCUCUGCAUUUGUGUUCCUGCAAGACAGACCUGAUUUGUGGUCACAAAUCAGCAAUGUAAAUUUUCGGAAACAUGCCUUUCCAAUACGGGGAGGGGGGAGCUUUCUUCUCAAUACGGCUGCGACACUUUUUGUCGAUCAUCAGGAAAGGAACCUGCAGCAGCAAGGAACUACUUCUACAGUACCGGCCCGACAAGAAUCUUCGUCUAGAAGGGCAUCAGCUUCCAGUAGGGACGAGCAAGGUUCACUAUCAACAUCAGGCGCAGUCCCGAGCUUUGUCGACGCGGGCAACAAGAAGAUCAACAAAAGCUCACUGAUUAAUUUUGUCACCAAGCAGCACCCCGACCUGCAAGUGGAUUUAAAUAGUGAUGGCGCACAACAACAAAACGGAAUAUUAAAUGGUCCGCGUGGAGGUGCCUCCCAGCAAAGACAACUUGUAUCCAGUAGUUCAUCUGCCACAACCCCGAAAAAUGGGUCCCCCAUAAUCCCCUCGGUCACACCCCCCAGUGAGCAGCUCCUUCUUGCGGAGGAAGCGCUGCAAACAGCGAAGGAGAUGCGGGAAGCGGUCGCGCAAGCCCAGCAGAAGGAGCGGGAAGAGGAGCUGAAGCGGAAAAAGUUAGAACAGCAAAAGCAGGAGUACGAGGACCGGUUGACACCCGAGGACCCGAUUAUCCUGCGAGCCUUUUACAAGGACGAAAUUUGUAACUUGUCGGAAACCGAUUUGAUACAACAGAACAACGCGGGGCAACGGUAUCUUCAAUCGGUGAAUCAGAACAUGAUGGCUUCUAACACGAACAAUAAUUUUAGCAAUAGCAACCACUACAACACGGAACUACAACUAGCGGGAGCCUUAUCAACCACGGUAGACCCGCAGAAUAGUACAAAUAGAAACAAGAAGCCGUCGUAUGCCGACGAAAUCUUCGGGAAGCGGUUCUGUGACGUGCUGAAAAUCAGUAUGCGCACCGGCAAGGAGGUUUUCCAAUUGGAGGAAGAAUUGGGCGAGGGAAGCGAGUAUGAACUGCAAAAGUAUCGUACUCGUAUAAAUGCAUUACAAAUUUUCUCAGCGUUAGAAAUAAAAUUUGUAAUGCAGAUUUGCCUUGGACACAAGAUUUGUAAUGCAAGACUUCCCGGGGUUCGCCUAUGUCGGUCAUUUGUAUGUGAGGCGAUGGGUUACCCGGUCGGCAGAGCCGAUCCACAACGAACGAAGACUUGCAUUUGCACGAGUACGAUACUUUUGCACAGGAUAGCGAGGCUCUGAAGUUGGAAAGACUGACGCGCGUGACCAGUGAGGAGAUGCUGCGCAACAAAAUCAUUGACGUUGCCGUUGGGUACCUGCAGAAGCACAGCCUAGACCACAUGAUCCGCAUCGUCUUUCCGAAGCAGAAAUUGGUGUGUAGCUACUCGAAGCAAACCAAAACCAUGGCGCUGCACAGCGACUUCAAGGUCUACCGACUGGAGCGGUUUAUCAGCAUUCUGGACCAUGAGAUUGGUAUAUUUAUAGUUCUCCACCGAGAAGAUUUUUUUUGCGGUUAUUUUUCCACAGAUUGAUUGAAAGCAGAAGCACACUCAAAGUCAAACCUCGGCGCAGUCAUCGUAUUUAGAUUCAUUAUUUCUGCAUGAUUAAUACACUUACAGGGCGUGUUGGUUUAUUUGCAUGUUAAGAGAUAAUUAGAAUACCAAUAAAAAAUCACCGACUCUUCACCUACUCUCAGGUACCCACUGCACGCGCGGCGUAAAUUCGGAGAUCAUGGAGGAGCCCUGUUGGCCCCCUUCCGUGGAGCUGAUGACCACUGACCGGCAGUGGCGACACUUGAUCACGAAUCGCGACCGGCUGUAUUGUGCGGAAAAAUCCCCCCUCCCCAUAUUGAAAAGGAAAUUUGUGUUGCUGUAUUCGAGUACACAAAUCGACUUGUGUUGCUAGAAGGCCAAGAGACGCAGUUGCCCCCUCGUUCGUAGGAGAGUUGUCAAGCUGUUUUCCGUUUCCAGUUGCUCUCUGUCAUGCUGAAGCAGCUAGCCUUGCCUGCGCCCGCCAGCACUACAGUACGCAUCUCUUCCCCUCUAGCAUGACAAAAGGAUUUGUGGCCACAAAUCAUGCUACACAAAUCUCAGGUUUGGUAUGUUGGGGAGGGCGGAUUUUUCCUUUUGAUAGGCUGCGACUGUUGAACUACGUGCACGAGCGACUCCAGACCCCCUUACUGGAGUGGCAAAACGCGGACACCUAUAGUCUUGAGCAGAAGGUCGGCGCCAACUGGUUUUCGCACGAGAAGAACAACCAAAAUUCUGGUGCACCAUCCGCCUCCGGCAACAACAGUCCGGGCGGUGGAGCGGGAGCUGCGUCGGGCAUGACGUCACUCAGCAACUACGCAGCUCCGGGAGGUGGUGGGGGUGCGGGUGGUUGUGGAAACUCUACUACUAACAAUGACGUUUUCUUUCGCAGAGACAACAACUACACAGAUCAGCACCAAAACGGACCGGAAAUUUUGGAAGACACAACGGAGAAAGCCUGCAACGCGUCCUCCACCACGCGUGUGAAUUCCAGCUCCAGUAGUUCCUCGAGUAGCUCCGCGGAGGUAGGUGCUAGUAAAGACAACAAGGUACUAUCCUGCGCAAAAGUAUCGCACUCGUAUAAAUGCCAGACUAGCAUGACAAAUCUGGUUUCUUAGGUAAUUUAGCAUGACAAAUUCAAUUUUUCAUGCUGAGCUAAUUUGUGAUGCAAUUUAUACUAGUACGAUGCUUUUGCAGUGCAUACAAGGACAGCCACGACAAUACUGCGUCCUCGAUGAAACCGCAUCAGCGGCUGACGAGUAAGAUUCUGAACCUGGGCACGUCAAUCGUGGCGUACCCCGAGGUUGUGCCGUCAAGUUCCGCGUCCUCGUCGACUAGUGCGAAGCAGAACUCGAAAGAACACGUGGCCAACAAGAAAACGUCCCCGAUUGACGAGCUCCAGAGGUCGGCAGAGGAGUCGAUCCUGAAGGCGAAGCAGGCACGCAUUUCGAACAGUAGCAGCCCCGUGGAGAACACGAAAGACUACUCGGUCACGCCACGCAGCUUGUCCCCAGAGGGUCGAGAAGAGGAAAGGACGAAACAAUUGAAUACGAACAUCACAACAAGCACAGGUCAUCAAAAUUAUUCAUCGCACAACAACAACAACAUUUUCAACCCGUUACACGCCGCAGUGUAUGGAAUCAACAACCGGAAGCGGGAGCUGUCGAGGUCGUUCUCCAGCAUUUUGUCGCAGCACGGGGUGUAUUCAGUGCAAAAGCAUCGUGCUCGUACUAAUUGCAAUUAUGCAUUACAAAUCUAGGUGUUAAGGGAAAUCCGCAUUACAAAUUUGAUUUGUAAUGCUGAGCCAAUUUGUAUUGCAGUUUAUACUAGUGCGAUACUUUUGCAAUGCAUAGGGUGCUUGACUUGACGACCAAAUUCAACUUCCACAAGCGAUCCGCAACCGCGCGGGAGCGGCUGCGUUCUAUCCUGAGUAAAAACGUACCCACACCAGAGUCAGGAUGGGGAUUUUGCAACACAAACCUAGGGGCUUUGUGAGUCACGCAUGACAAGUUACACUCUGCAGUGUAGUGCAGGUUAGCAAGUGCAGCCGCAUCACAGAUUCAUCUGCUCAUCCUGUUCACAGCAUCACAAAUUCCAAAACACGAUUAGAAAUGGCUCUCAUGGGGAUGCGCAUUACAAGUCUUUCUGUCUUUGCAAAUCUGCAUUACAACUCUGGCGUGGGUACGUUUUUACUCAGGAUACGUUCCGAAGAGGGUUUAGCGGCGCUGAACACGCACCAGUUCUACAAGGAUAAGCUCCUGUGGCAACCAGCGUACGUCUACUACUGCGUGUGCAUGAGCGAGCGACUCUCGUUUGUCGAAUUGUUCAAUCACUUGAAACGUUACACCGCGGACCCGGACCUGCGGUGGCGCGACUGCGUGCGGGCGAAGCGCGGCUGCAUUGCGGUGACUGCAAGGAAGCGGAAAGCCGCCCUGCUCGCCAUGGAGGAACUGGAAAGGGUAUUCCCUGAAAAUUAACCAUCCUGAUCCAAUUUGUCAUGCAAAACAUGUAGCAAGUUCCGUGCUUGUUAAUGUUAUGCAAAGACUGGAUGGGGUUGGUUAAUUUUCAUGGCAUAAAGGGAGGAAUGGGACAACAAAUUGCGCGAAAAAAACAACAAGGACCUGCCCAAGUGGAACAACAGCACGGCGCUGGCGGGCCGGUUCAGCCUGCCGCAAGGCACGGCGAGUGGUGCGACCUCCAAUCCCUACGGUGCGGGGGCCAUUACCACUUCGGGGAAAGACACCAACUCCGUCUACACGACCGCUGCUCCCUUUCAGCAGCCGGGGGGCAACUUUGGCGCAAAUAAUUCUAGUGGGACGAGUGGCGCAGCAGGAGGGCCCGGCGCCAAGAAAAAGGGAAAGGAGCCUCAUUAUGCAUUGCAAAAGCAUCGUACUAGUAUAAAUUGCAUGAUAAACUUCCUCAUGAGAAAUAAAAUUUGUAUUGCGGAUUUAACUUGAGAAAGAAAUUUUUAAUGCAUAACUGCGAUCACUACGAGUGCGAUACAUUUGCACAGGAUACUCAUUACCUCGAGCCGAAGUCCGAGCCAGUCACGCAUCCACCCGACGUGUUGUACGAGUCGUGCGCGAAAGACCAGUGCUACUUCGAGGGUGCCAUCGAAAUCCUGCGCCGGCGGCACGAAAUCGAGUUUGAUGUAAUGCAUGCCGGGAAGUUGCUCAUCCGCGACGCCAUCCUGAAGAAAGCGAGGAUCAACCCGAAUGAUCCCGCGUUUGAUUUGAACGAUUAUUACGACGGCGACGAGCGAGUGCUGAAAAACCCGCUGGUGCGCCCGCACUUUCUGGACGACCUGCACGGGUAUUUGAAACGCAUCGAAAAAAUGGCGGAGGUGAAUCUGCGGCCCAGGAGGGUGGCACGGGGAAAGAGGGUGCAGUACAUAUGAAUUGCAAAAGUAUCGUACUCGUAUAGAUGCAUGACAAAUUCCCGCAGCAUGAGAAAUAAAAUUUCUAAUGCGGAUUUACCUUAUGAAAAAGAUUUGUAAUGCAUGACCCCAAUUACUACGAGUACGAUACUUUUGCACAGAACAGUACAACAAUAGCUACAACAGUUCCUUUUCGACAACGAGUCUACUGGUAUCCUGUGCAAAAGUAUCCUACUCGUGUAAAUGCAAGUGUUGCAUUACAAAUGUUGUUCCCAAGGCAAAUCUGCAUUACAAAUUUUAUUUGUCAUGCUGAGGAAAUUUGUCAUGCAUUCGUACGAGUACGAUACUUUUGCAGUUCAUAACUGGGCGGAAACAACAACUCCAGCACGCCAAGCAUCUCACCACUGGCCCGAAUGAUGCGCAAAAAUCCAUAAAGGUCGUGGGUGGAAUUACUCGAAUGGACAAGUUCCUUCGUGUUGGACAUCUAAAACAACUAUUAACUCUGAGAGAGAAUGAAAAUCUUCUAUACUUCGGUAUUUGCCUACGAUGAAUCAAUAACAUAAAUACUUUUUCUUGUGUAUGAUUCGGAACGUUUCUGACUCACCAUGUUGGUGUUAGAGAUAGAUUCCUGGUGGAAAUAGAUGAUCACAGUAGAUGUACGAAUAUUCUCAUUGACCAAUAACGAAGCAGGUUCGAGUAGCUCCCCUACCCUGCUUACUAUUUAUUAUUUUUGACGCUAGUAACCACGGAUCCUGCGCGGCCUGCCUCCCGCGAUGUCGUGAUUGAUAUCUGUACAUGAUGGAAAACUACUCCUACCCGCCUAUUGAUGAAAAUCUAGAAUUACGGCCCUUAUCAAGAAACGCCCAUGUCGAUAAAAAUCAGGAGGCACUUCUACCCGCCACUAAUGCACGCAUUCUACCUGCUCAAAGAUGUUGUAAGAUUCAGUUGAAAAGAGCAAAAUUGUUUCUUUUUGUGGUUGAUGUAAGUAGGCACCUACAGUUGCUAUUGCUCACAAGCACGCUCAAUUUGAUGGCACGACCGUGUGCUUUCUUUGUUGGAGGGCAGGCUGCUGUGAUAAAUAAUGUUCUUGCGCGAGGUGGACCGCAGCAGCAGAGACAACUAAUCCUAAUGCUCAAGAACUCUGGCCGCGGCUGCGAUUUGUUUCAGGCAUGAACUCCUGUCUUCAUUUGAUCUUGAACCAGCACGCGUGAUGAUCAUACAACCCUGCAAUAAUUUUUGAGGCUCCGAGUAGAUCCGGUUCUUUUUACGGUCCUCC